AUGACUACAAGCACGUUCAAACCAACAUUUUCACUCCUCAACCACCGCGGUGCUGUGGUAACAGAAACAGACUUCCAUGGGAAAUACACUCUUGUCUUUUUCGGCUUUACCAACUGCAAAGUUGUAUGCCCUCGAGCGAUUGAGCGCUUGAAAUCUGUCCUAGACGAUCUUGGACCUGAGACUUCAGAGCGAAUCAAUGUAGUCUACAUCUCAGUUGAUUCAGAGCGUGACACUCCGAGCACGUUAUCCAACUUUCUUGAUAAGAAGGGAGCGUCGAACUUUAUCGGCCUAACUGGUACCAGGAAGCAGCUCGAAUCCGUUCGACAAGCCUUCCAUGUCUUUGCACGGCACAAGACAGAUAAUAGUGUACCGGAAGGCUACGCUAUUUCCCAUACUGCCCUAACCUUUAUUCUUGGGCCAGAUGGCCAAGUUGUGGACAACCUCAACGACAAUCUAGAUAAAAAGGAAGUCAUCAAGAGACUUCAGAAAGCAUUGAGUGCGCACUUUGACGCAAAGGUCUCAGCGCAGUACCGUUCUGUAUUAGACCAGGACUCAACGAUGGUUGAGUCUCAUGGCAAGAUGGGUAAGAAGCAGCUCGCCAGUAUCAGACAUAUUGGUAAUCUGGCUCGCCAACUGAAAGGGGAUUGGUCUAAUAUGAUGGGUCGAAUGGAUCUUAACGACGGUUUCGGUGCCUACCGCUUCCAGCUUGCAUAUUCUUUUUAUGCACUUGCUUUGGCACACUUCCAUCGUUUGCCCGCCGCACCAGUUGAUGCGUUUGGCUGGGUGGCUGCCCUCGCCGCGGAGACUGGUGAUGAGGAGGUAUUACAUGGCAUGCUCGCAUAUGCAGACAAACACUUCAGCCCUGUUAUAGUGAAUGGCGGUCUAUUGUAUCCACGCAGGGAUGAUAUGCUUGAUGAAAAUGGGCAUUAUGUUCAAAACACACCCAUGCAAGGUAAAGCCAUCCUCCCGCUUGCGCGACUCAAUGUCUCCAAGGGUUUUCAGCGGCUAUACGAGAAUCCAUGGGGCCCCAACAACCGACACUACUCCGAGCCGGCGCUGGACGAGGUUGGGCAGACUGUCGAUGUUUACCGGGCCGUCUUUUUACCGAAAGAAAACAUUUUGCGGUUUGAUAUUGCUAUAUUUGAACCUGGCGCUAACGGGAAGGUGGAAUUGAUACGGGUUUUCAACCGAGGAGACUGGGCUCUUUACUGCGACACCCGGAAGAUUGCUUGGGGUGAUAGGGCACAGCUCAUCGGCUCUGAGCCAUUUGUAGAGGUCAAUCGCAACAACGGAAAUCUAGUCAUUUCGAUUUCAGAUACUGAAAUUCUUAGUUUCCAGAUACAGUGGUCUGCUUUACAUUAG